GCAUGCAGAGAUUGAAGAUGAAGCUGACAGGACAACUUCUUUAGCCACCUGGCUUCACUAUCAGACAAAAGGGUCUAUUCUUCAUUUUCAAAUUAUUCAAAGAAUUUCUUGGAAUCUCUGCCAAUAUUCUCAAAGAAAUUAUGUGAGCAAGGAAGGUGGAAAAUAACCUGUUCGUUCCAGCUGCUGUCCUGGAAUACUGUGUCUGGUGGCUGUUUCAUUCUCAGACCUUGAAGAUCCACCCUGACCAUGCUGAGAUUUGGGCAGCACCUGAUCAAGCCCUCGGUGGUGUUCCUGAGGACAGAGCUGUGCUUUGCUCUGGUGAACCGCAGGCCGGUGGUGCCAGGCCAUGUCCUUGUUUGUCCCCUGCGGCCGGUGGAGCGUUUCCGUGACCUGUGUCCCGAGGAAGUGGCCGACUUGUUCCGUACGGCACAAAGGGUCGGCAACGUGGUGGAGAAACAUUUCCGUGGCACUUCACUCACCUUUUCCAUCCAGGAUGGCCCUGAAGCUGGACAAACAGUGAAGCAUGUACACGUCCAUGUGCUGCCAAGGAGGGCUGGAGACUUCAGCAGGAAUGAUGAUGUCUAUGAGGAGCUGCAGCGCCACGACAAAGAUGAUUCCCCUGACAAGUGGAGGACAGAAGAAGAAAUGGCAGCUGAAGCAGAAAUUCUAAAGAAGUAUUUCCAGGAAAAUUAGAGGUAACAAAGUUUGGAACACAUCCCAAGACACCAGAAAGUCCCCAGAAAGAACAACCUUAUUCUCCAGUUCUCAGUUGCCCUGGAGCUGCAGCUUGACAAUUUUAUUGUGUUCUACAAAUAUGGGAUUUUUCCAUGAAAAAUUUUAUUGGACCUUUGGAUAUCAUCAAGGAUGAAUUCCAGCUAAGACAACGAAACAGCUCUGGUUCAAAAUAUUGCUCUGAAUUGUAACUCAUAUUUUUCUGAAUUGUGUACUUGGGAAUGAAUCUUUUUAAAUUGUCCCUUGGCCUAAAUAGAAAUAAAGUGCCAGGAAAUUCA